UUUCUGAUAUGGAAUUUUCCAUCCUCUGGUUUUAAUAAAGUCUGAAAAAUUCAUGAUUUUUUCAAAUGUUAGAUUUUAUAAAAGAAAAAAAAUCACAAAUCUUUCAGGAUUUUUGCAUUCAGAGUUUAGUAAAUAACCCCCUAAGUGCAACUAGACGGAUAAAUUGAAUGGUAAUGAUGACUCUUUACAAAUACAUUAGAGGACUUUAUAAUUAGGUCAUCUUUUUUUUUUGCCAUAGGAAAGAACAAGAUCCCCUCUUUUUGACUUGAGGAUUUCUUUAUGUACAGUAAGUUGAGAACAUAAUAUAAUGAAAACUGUGUAUCCCAACAUGCCCGUGUAAUUGCACAGUUACUGAGGGGUAGUGGGGGUUGAAAUUGGAACUUAUUCCUACAUCUUCACUAAGACAUUUGAACAUCUCAUUAUGUAGCUGCUUGCAGCACAAGAUAUCAGUUCACCGGUGUUGUAUUUCUCGUAUCUUUUAGGAAACCGCAGGAGAAAGAAAAGAAACAAUGGAGAAUUCUACUUCUUCCCACCCGGCAAUGUUGACGUUGGGCUUUGGUGAAAUGACAUCAGUGAAAUAUCUGUACUGUUCUUUGGUUUUGAUUGGCUACUCAGUCAUUGUCAUGUUAAACAGCGCUGUUAUCACCGUUACCCUAUUGAACGAGACGUUACAGAAGCCCAUGUAUAUUUUCAUUUCGGCCUUUUGUAUAAAUGGCCUGUACGGCAGCACUGCUUUCUUCCCCAGUGUCUUCAUAAACCUUCUUAAAGAGGUACAAACCAUUUCCUAUGGGGCUUGCAUACUACAGAACUUUGCUGUAAAUACAUAUGGAGGGUCUGAGAUGAGCAUCCUGGUUGUGAUGGCAUUUGAUCGCUAUGUGAGUAUCUGUCACCCCCUGAGAUAUAACAGUAUCAUGUCCUUGACAACUGUAUUCCGACUCAUUGGCACAGCCUGGUUGUAUCCAUUCAUCUUGGUUUCUAUACUGGUUCUAUUAACUGUUAGGCUUCCUCUGUGCGGCUCAGUCAUUCUCAAGAUCUACUGUGACAAUUGGUCGGUGGUAAGACUCUCCUGCAUUGAUACGGCAGUGAACAAUACCUAUGGAAUGGUGUGUACUGUGGCCAUGUUGGUGGUGAUGCCCAUCCUCAUAGUCAUCUCUUACAUCGCUAUUUUAAGAGUAUGUGCCAAGUCUUCAAAGGAUUUCAGGGUGAAAGCCUUACAGACCUGCGCUCCUCAUCUUAUUGCCCUUGCAACGUUUCUGGUCGAUGUACUUUUUGAGAUAUUUCUCUACCGAUACUCGCCUACAACUCUCCCUCAUGCGCUGAGAGUUUUUAUGUCAAUACAUUUUCUCGUGGUGCCUCCGCUUCUCAAUCCUCUGAUUUAUGGUAUGAAAAUAAGAGAACUUAGAAUUAAAAUAAUUCAACUUCUUCAGAGACAGCCCUUUGCUCUUAAGGGAUCAAUGCAACUGUAAAAGAGGAAUUUACAUCAGUUGUUAGAGUCAUAAAAUUGCCCACCAAAUUCCUUUUAAAUGAAAUGAC